GAGAGCAGGAGCCAGUGACCACUCAUUUCCUACAGGCUGUGCCCUCUUCCUUACUGGAAAAGAAGACACGCAUUUGUAUUGCUUUGCUCCUCUGGCUCUCAAAGCACUUCUUGAGCAGUGGAAGUGCGAGCGAGAGAGACUGGUUAACAGCCUGCAAGCCACGGAAGACCAGCCCCCCGCUAUGUAACUGAGUGGGGUCUUUUGUUGCCCCAUCUGAACUUUGCUAGAGAAAACACCGAGGCAGCUUUUCCUAUUGGUGGCUGCAAACAGCAGAGGAGCUGGGAGAAGCAGGAGCUGGGAGCGAGGCUUCGCUUUGGGGAACAAUGACAGAAGAAAGCAAAGGGGAAGGGAAAGGGGAAAGCGGGAAGGACCUGGAGAAACAGCUUCGCCUCAGGGUGUGCGUUUUGAACGAGCUUCUGAAGACUGAGCGGGACUAUGUGGGCACUUUGGAGUUCCUGGUGUCGGCAUUCCUUCAGAGAAUGUUCCAGUUCGCUGCCUCCAAAGUGGAUAAAAAUAUCACAGAGGAAACAGUUAAGAUGCUGUUUUCAAAUAUUGAAGAUAUUCUUGCAGUUCACAAGGAUUUCCUGACCUUAGUGGAGGGGUGUUUGAAUCCUGAACCUAAUGCACACCAUGAAGUGGGAAUCUGCUUUCUUCACUUUAAGGACAGAUUUUGUAUCUAUGAUGAAUACUGUAGUAACCAUGAGAAGGCACAGAAACUUCUGCUUGAACUUAACAAAAUAAGAACAGUACGGACUUUUCUUUUGAACUGUAUGUUGCUUGGAGGACGUAAGAACACAGAUGUUCCAUUGGAAGUAUAUCUAGUAACACCAAUACAGAGAAUAUGCAAGUAUCCCCUCCUUUUGAAGGAGUUAUUGAAGCGGACGCCAAAGAAACACAGUGACUACACAGUAUUAAUGGAAGCUCUGCAAGCCAUGAAAGCUGUCUGUUCCAAUAUAAAUGAGGCUAAGAGACAAAUGGAAAAAUUAGAGGUUUUGGAAGAAUGGCAGUCUCACAUUGAAGGAUGGGAGGGGUCCAACAUCACAGAUUCAUGCACGGAAAUGCUAAUGUAUGGAGUUUUGCUGAAAAUUUCUGCAGGAAAUAUCCAGGAGCGGGUAUUUUUUCUUUUUGACAAUCUUUUGGUCUACUGUAAACGAAAACACAGACGAUUGAAGAACAGCAAAGCAUCUACUGAUGGCCAUCGGUAUCUUUUUCGAGGCAGAAUAAACACAGAGGUAAUGGAAGUGGAGAACGUAGAUGAUGGUACAGCUGACUAUCAUAGCAGUGGCCACAUUGUUGUUAAUGGCUGGAAAAUCCACAACACAGCAAAGAACAAAUGGUUUGUAUGCAUGGCAAAAACUUCUGAAGAGAAGCAAGAAUGGCUGGAAGCUAUUCUAAAAGAGAGAGAGAGAAGGAAAGGUUUAAAAUUGGGUAUGGAACAAGACACUUGGGUGAUGAUCUCUGAGCAGGGAGAGAAACUCUACAAAAUGAUGUGCAAACAAGGGAACCUAAUCAAAGACAGGAAAAGAAAACUAACUACUUUCCCCAAAUGUUUUCUGGGAAGUGAGUUUGUGUCCUGGUUACUGGAAACUGGAGAAAUACACAAAUCUGAAGAAGGUGUUCAUCUUGGCCAAGCGUUGUUAGAGAAUGGCAUUAUCCACCAUGUUACAGAUAAGCACCAGUUCAAACCUGAACACAUGCUCUACAGGUUCCGUUAUGAUGAUGGAACAUACUAUCCAAGAAGUGAAAUGCAGGAUGUGAUUUCCAAGGGUGUAAGAUUGUACUGUCGUCUUCACAGUCUGUUUACUCCAGUGAUAAGGGAUAAAGAUUAUCAUCUGAGGACAUAUAAAUCUGUAGUCAUGGCUAACAAACUGAUAGACUGGCUAAUUGCACAGGGGGAUUGUCGGACCAGGGAAGAAGCAAUGAUCUUUGGUGUAGGACUAUGUGACAAUGGGUUUAUGCACCAUGUCUUAGAAAAAAGUGAAUUUAAAGAUGAGCCACUUCUUUUUCGCUUUUUUGCGGAUGAAGAAAUGGAAGGAUCAAAUAUGAAGCACAGGCUUAUGAAACAUGAUUUAAAAGUAGUGGAAAAUGUCAUAGCCAAGUCACUAUUGAUUAAAUCUAAUGAAGGCAGCUAUGGUUUUGGUUUAGAAGACAAAAACAAAUUACCAAUUAUUAAAUUAGUGGAGAAGGGGUCAAAUGCUGAGAUGGCAGGCCUGGAAGUUGGGAAGAAGAUAUUUGCCAUUAAUGGUGACCUAGUUUUUCUGAGACCCUUCAACGAAGUGGAUUGCUUCCUGAAAGCAUGCUUAAACAGCAGAAGGCCCCUCAGGGUACUUGUGAGCACAAAACCAAGGGAGACAGUGAAGAUCCCUGACUCUGCAGAUGGGCUUGGAUUCCAAAUCCGGGGCUUUGGUCCAUCGGUUGUCCAUGCUGUUGGAAGAGGAACUGUGGCAGCUGCAGCAGGUCUCCACCCUGGACAGUGCAUAAUUAAAGUGAAUGGAAUUAACGUCAGCAAAGAGACUCAUGCAAGUGUUAUUGCCCACGUCACAGCCUGCAGGAAAUACAAGCGUCCAAUGCAGCAAGAUUCCAUACAGUGGGUAUAUAACAGUAUAGAGAGUGCACAGGAAGACCUUCAGAAAGCGAACUCCAAACCCCCUGGAGAUGAGGGAGGAGAUGCCUUUGACUGCAAAGUGGAAGAAGUAAUUGACAAGUUUAACACAAUGGCAAUAAUUGAUGGGAGGAAGGAUCAUGUGAGUCUCACUGUUGAUAAUGUUCAUCUGGAAUAUGGAGUGGUUUAUGAGUAUGACAGUACGGCUGGAAUAAAAUGCCAUGUGGUGGAGAAAAUGAUUGAACCAAAGGGCUUUUUCAGCUUGACUGCAAAGAUUCUUGAAGCACUGGCUAAAAGUGAUGAGCAUUUUGUGCAAAACUGCAACAGCCUGAAUUCUUUAAAUGAAGUAAUCCCCACUGACCUCCAAAGUAGAUUCAGUGUAAUUUGCAGCGAGAAAAUUGAGCAUAUCUACCGAAGAAUCUCUAGUUAUAAAAAGUUUUCACGAGUGUUAAAAAAUAGAGCAUGGCCUACCUUUAAACAGGCCAAGUCAAAGAUCUCACCACUUCACAGCAGCGAUUUCUGUCCAACCAACUGCCAUAUCAAUGUAAUGGAAGUCUCGUAUCCUAAAACCUCAACUUCUCUUGGUAGUGCCUUUGGUGUGCAGCUAGACAGCAGAAAGCAUUCUUCACAUGAGAAAGAAAACAAAAAUAGUGAGCAAGGUAAACUGGGUCCCAUGGUUUACAUACAACAUACCAUUACCACCAUGGCAGCGCCUUCAGGACAUUCCCUAGGUCAACAGGAAGGCCAUGGUCUGAGAUAUCUGUUAAAGGAAGAGGACUUAGAAACACAAGAUGUCUAUCAGAAAUUGUUGGGCAAAUUGCAAACUGCACUGAAAGAGGUGGAAACGUGUGUCUCUCAGAUAGAUGACCUUCUCUCUUCAAUAACCUAUUCUCCCAAAUCAGAACGUAAAACACCUGAGCCCUUAAUACCAGCAGAGAGUGACAAUGAAAAGGGAGAAAGGAAUGGGAAAAGGGUCUGUUUCAAUGUAGCAGGUGAUGAGCAGGAAGAUUCUGGUCAUGACACCAUCAGCAACAGAGAUUCAUACAGUGAUUGCAAUAGCAACAGGAACUCCAUUGCCUCAUUUACCAGCAUUUGCAGUAGCCAGUGCAGUUCUUACUUUCACAGUGAUGAAAUGGACUCAGGUGAUGAACUUCCCUUAAGUGUUCGCAUUUCUCAUGAUAAACAGGACAAACUUCAUAGCUGUUUGGAGCAUCUUUUUGGUCAGGUAGACUCAAUUGUCAAUCUUCUGAAAGGACCAGCUGUAAUGAGGGCCUUUGAACAAACCAAGUUCUUCACGCCAGGUCGAGGCCUGCAAGCAUUUCAGCAGGAAAUGGAACCUAAGCUUAGCUGUCCAAAGAGAUUACGACUUCACAUCAAGCAAGACCCUUGGAACCUUCCCAGCAGUGUCCAAAAUCUUGCACAGAAUAUCAGAAAAUUUGUUGAAGAGGUGAAGACAAGGAUACUUUUGGCACUCCUUGAAUAUACAGAUAGUGAGAUACAGCUCAGACGAGACAUGGUCUUCUGCCAAAGUCUGGUGGCCACAGUCUGUGCUUUUUCAGAGCAACUAAUGGCUGCCUUAAAUCAGAUGUUUGACAACAGCAAAGAGUAUGAAAUGGAGACUGGAGAGGCCAGCAGAAGGUGGUUGGAACAGAUAGCUAAUGCAGGUGUCCUCCUUCACUUCCAGUCAUUGUUGUCACCUAACCUGACUGAUGAACAAGCCAUGCUAGAAGAUACAUUGGUUGCUUUGUUUGACCUGGAAAAAGUUACUUUUUAUUUUAGACAGUCAGAACUAGAACCACUAGUCGCAAAUGUUCCAAUCACAUAUCAAGCAGAAGGAAGCCGGCAAGCUUUGAAGGUUUACUUUUAUCUUGAUAGUUACCAUUUUGAGCAGCUUCCUCAAAAGCUGAAGAAUGGAGGAGGGUUUAAAAUCCACCCAGUACUUUUUGCACAAGCACUGGAGAGCAUGGAAGGAUAUUAUUACAGAGACAAUGUGUCCGUAGAAGAAUUUCAAGCCCAGAUUAAUGCAGCGUCACUGGAAAAGGUCAAACAGUAUAACCAGAAACUCAGGGCAUUCUACCUGGACAAGUCGAACCUCCCUCCAAAUUCAACAUCAAAAGCUGCUUAUAUAGAUAAGCUGAUGCGGCCCCUCAAUUCUUUGGAUGAACUUUACCGACUGGUAGUGUCUUUUAUCCGAUCCAAGCGCACAGCGGCCUGUGCUUACACUGCUUGCAGUGCCUCUGGAGUUGGAUUGCUGUCAGUUUCUUCAGAACUCUGUAGCAGACUUGGAGCUUGCCACAUCAUAAUGUGCAAUAGUGGAGUUCAUCGCUGCACUCUGAGUGUCACUCUGGAGCAGGCUAUAAUUCUUGCUCGGAGCCAUGGACUACCUCCUCGCUAUAUUAUGCAAGCUACAGAUGUGAUGCGCAAACAGGGAGCAAGAGUGCAGAACACUGCCAAGAAUUUAGGCGUGAGGGACCGAACGCCACAAUCUGUCCCAAGAUUAUACAAGCUAUGCCAGCCACCACCUCCUGCUGGGGAAGAAUGAAGAGAACUACCCAAGAAGUAAUCAAGUAACAUAUUUUAAGACAUUGGACUAUACAGCAAAAUUAAAUGGCAUUCUAGUAGAACGUGCCUGGAGAAUUGAUAAAUAGAGGCCUUUCACUCAGGAUAAAGAAGUGUCUGUCCUUAAUAUUUUUCUAUCAGCAUUGGACAACUGACUUCUGGAGAAAAUAUUUCUGGACUCCAUGCACUAUGGUCUCCCUUCCAUAAAACAGGAACUUCAUGGGUUUUUACCUGGAUAUUUUACACUGGAAUUAGGUUGUCUCUCUUGUGGCCAGUUCAGCAACGCAAAGUACCCCGUUAUGCAUUGGUAGCAGCAUGAAAGCAAAUUUCUAAUGGCAAAGCCAUUCCAUCUGAACCAUAUAAAAGCUGUUCCUGUGUUCACAGAAUGAGCUUGAAAAUGGAAAAAAGGCUGAAAUAAAUCCUCCAGAGUUUGACACUUGACACAUUUGAUCUCCCGUGCACUGCUAAUUCCCUUCUUUCCCACCAAUAUUUUAUCAUAAUUUCCUAACUUUUAGCAAUAAGGAAAUUAACACUUCUGGUAUAUGCUAUAAAUGCCUAUUAAAAAUAAUAAUUCAUCUCACAAGUAGUCCCAUUGACUUCAGUCUGACUACUCAUGUGAAUAAAUACUUACAGAAUUAGCUCCAACACAGUAAACUUAACUAUGUCUUAAGGGGUCGAUUGUUGUACUGGGUUUAAAGAAGCCUAUUAUUGCAUAGUGAAUUGAUGGUGCUCUUUUACCCUUUUUGAAGUUGCCAUAAGAAUGAAAAAUAAACGUCAGUUAGAGAAAAUUGACAUUAUGGGUCCGAUUUCCACCAAUAAUUAGAAGUUCAGACUUUGACCUGUAAAAGCUGUCUUAAAUAUACCUUGUUGUGCUUCUGUAUUUCAGGGGUCUUCAAACAGUAGUGUAUAUCUUUGUACAGUAUUAUACAUGCUAUAAUACAGGGGUCGGCAACCUACGGCACGCAUACCGAUUCUGAGUGGCACGCAGCUGCCCACUGAGAGGAGGAGGCGGAGGGGCUGGAAUGUACCACGCUGUGGGAAGAAGGGGGAGAGGGAAGUUUGGCUGCCGCAGGACAAAGCUUCUGCCUCCUGCCCCAGCAGGGAAAAGCGGUGGAUGGGGGGGCUAAUUGGGGCGGGGGGCCGGGACCCCCUCCCCACCGCUCUCCCCUGUGGGGGCAGGAGGCAGAAGCUUGGUCCUGCGGCAGCCAAGAUUUCCUCCUCCCCCGCUUCUUCGCACAACAUGGUGUAUUCUGGCCCCUCCUCCUCCCAGAGGAGCAGAGCCGAGCACAGAGUGCUGGCUGCUCUGUAGAGGAGGCAGAGAGAGGUAGGGACAGGCCUGGGGGAAGGGGGUGGAACAGGUCAUAUCCCUCCCAGUCCCCUGCCAUGAGCCGCUCAGGGCAGGGGGCUGGGAGCACCCCCACGAGCCGAGCACCCCAGCCCUCUGCCCGGAACCCCCCCAACACACACCCAGCCGUCUGUCCUGCACCCCCACAGCCCCAGCCGUCUGCCCUGAACCCCCACACCCCAACACACACCCAUCCCUCUGCCCUGCACCCCCCACAGCCCCAGCCCUCUGCCCUGACCUCGAGUCCCCCCCCAACACCCAGCCUUCUGCCCUGCACCUUCACACACACCCCAGCCCUCUGCCCUGAACCCCCCCCCACACCCCAGCCUUCUGCCCUGACCUCGAGUUCCCCCCUCACCCAGGCCUCUGCCCUGCACCCCCCCCACCUAGCCUUGUGCCCUACACCUCCACACACCCCAGCCCUUUGCCCUGACCUUGAGUCCCCCCCCACACCCAGCCCUCUGCCCUGAAUCCCUCCACACCCAGCCUUCUCCCCUGACCUCGAGUCCCCCCCCAACACCCAGCCCUCUGCCCUGAAGCCCCCACCCAGCGGGCUCAGCAGGCUGGCGGUGUAAGAUCAGCAUUUUAAUUUAAUUUUAAAUGAAGCUUCUUAAACAUUUUGAAAACCUUGUUUAUUUUACAUACAACAAUAGUUUAGUUAUAUAAUAUACACUUAAUAUACCUUCUAAAAAAAUGUUAAAAUGUAUUACUGGCACGCGAAACUUUAAAUUAGAGAGAAUAAAUGAAGACUCAGCACACCACUUCUGAAAGGUUGCCGACCCCUGCUAUAAUAGCUAAGCAGUGUACAUUGAGCUAAGGGCAAACUUCUAGCUUUAAACUGGAAUAUUUUGCAUUUUAGAGUAUUUAAGAUAAAGCACAGUUUUGAAGCUUAAUAUUUUUAUACCAGCAUAUACAAUAUUUUUUCAGUUACAUUUUACAGUUGUAGAAGUCGUUGGUUUUGGAGAUUGGUAACUUUAUAAUGUUAUGGAUUUAAUUUGCAGCUGUAUUGAGAAUGUUGAGGGACCAUGACAAAUAUACACGUUUAAUUGUUUUCUGGCCAAAGUGUUUUUAGAGAAAAUAAAUGCACCAAAAUUACCCUUCACGUUCAUGCACAUUAAAGCAAAAAUUAUGUUUUAAAAUAUUGCUACUAGUAAUAGUUAGAUAUUAGAGAGUAGCAUAUAUAAUCUAAAUGUAUAAGUAUUUUCUGUACUACAGCUAGUUAUAGUUAUGCUUUGGCACAAAAACUUCUACAUCAUAGAUUUAGCAGAUCUAUAUUUACUUAUUUAUGAAUUUUCAACACAUUUAUUAACUCUAACUCAUACAGAAAUAUGUCAAUACAGAGUUGUACUUUGCAAAGAGUGUUCUUUAUGUAGGACAUACAAUGGGUUUAUUACUUUUCUCCAAAGGAGAAAUUAAUAUGCCUACCUUCUUCAGUAUUCUUGAUUUUGCUAUAAAGAACUUAAUUUUGGUAACAAAGUAAAUAUUUUUAUAUACACACAGGUGUAUAUGCGUGCACAUAUAGCUGCAGUGUGUGUGUGUAUUCAUACCAAUUAAGUAGUGAUCCAAGCUUAAAUGUAAAAUCUAUUGAAUUUCCUUAAACUGUGACAAAAACAAGUUACACUGAAUGUUUCAUAAAGUCACAAUUUUCCUUCCAUUCUGUAUGUUUACACCCUUCUAAUACUUGUUGGAAGGUGUGACUUUUUGAUGCGUUUUGAUAAACACACAAUUCUAUUCUCAUGGUAAGAUAUACAUGAAAUAGGAAAACCUAGGUUGUUUUUCUGGGAUGACCCAACACUUGUAGAAAAUAAAGGGUUGGGGUUUGGUUUCAUAUAAUUCCUAUUAUAGUCAGAGAAUCUCACAGUUUGCAUAUUUUACUGAGAGAGGGUGUAGGCUAGGAUAAUCCCUACUCUAUUCAGAAAGUUGCAAGAGCUCUUCAGCUUCUGCUUGGUUGAAUAUAAGAAAUACAUGGAAUGCACUAUUUUCUCAUGCCAGGGAUGGUACCAUUGUGUAGCACAUGUUUAGUAUGACUAUGUCAUCAUUUAGUAUGAGCCCAAGUCUUCAUGUGAGACUGAACUACAUAACAUGUUUAUUUAGAAGCAAGAGUGCUAUCAGGUGAGUGAAAUGGACAUUGCUGCAUGAUAUACCCAAGUGAAGUGAAUCUGCCACAUGAACAUAUAUUAUCAGGGACUAAAUAAGGAGACACUACUUUAUUGCUCCCUAUUUUUGAAUAUAAACUGAGUCACAUUGACAGUGCAGGAGUGUAAAUAUGCCACCUGUGUAAUAUGGUUGUUUUGAUUGGCUUUUGUUUGCAUUUGAAAGCACAGGAUAAUAGAUAUUUAUUAAACAUUGAGGUCAGAUUGGUAUUAGACAAAGUCACUGAACCAAACUCUUCAAUUAGAGUUUUGUCUGAGCAGGCAUUGAAGAUUUUGGCCCUGUGUUUGUGCAUCUAUUUUUACAUUAUAUGCUCCAAAUACCUCUGGGGUUGGGAAGACAAAAAGAGGUGAGUGCCCAGCUCUAUUUGCUCUAGGAAACACAUUUUUGAGGGUUUAUGCAACUCUCAUAGGUUCAGUAUGCAAGCCACUUCCACCUCUUAGAACCAAUGGCCUGUGCUGUGAAUGAAUGUAGGUUUUAGAUAAUGUUUGCAAAGGCACCUAAAGGGUUUAGCCCUCAACUCCAAAUGAAUUUCUAUGGGAAUUGGGUGCCUGACUUGCUUAGCCGCCUUUUGAUAAUCCCAAUCUUAACCAUUUCAGUUGCAGACAUCUUGCAGUUUGCAUAUUCUCACACUUGACCCCAUUUUCCAAAUAAAUCACACAUCCUAACACAUUUAAGCCCCAAUUAGUUCAGAUUGGCAUUGAAGAAGCCUUACUCUUAAAUUAUACAUUUACAAAUCUUUGUAACUGACUGUGCCGGAUGUCUUUACCCCCAUGGUAUGUACACACACAGGAUUAAAAAAUAGUUUCUCAUCACACACAUUAUGUUUAUCCUCUCAUAAAUUCUUCUGCUUGCAAGUGACAAGAAGUGAUAACUUACAGGAAAUGUUAAAUCUUCUUUUCUUCUGCAACCAGUUAUGUAGCUUAUUUGUACUGCAAUAUAUUACAGCAAUUUGGGGAAGAUAACUGGUGUGUGUAACUUAUUUUUUCAUACAAAUUAACUAAACAUCUGAAGAACAUUUAAAUAAAUAUGUGUGUGUAUAUAAAAAUGUAAUUGCCACUGCAUCUUAGUAGUAAUUACAAUUUUCAUUCUAUGAAGGAUAUAUAGAAUAUUUAAAAAUCUAGAAGGAAAGGUUAAUAGCCAUGAAAUAGUUAAUCCAUUACAACAUUCAUGUCUAGAGGAAGAUUAUGCUUUUAUUCUAGGGUAGAGCUGGAGUGACAGGGACAGUUUCUAUAACUGCCACCUAUACGUUAUUGGCUGUUUAAAAGUCCUGGUUCUUUGAAAUGAGAACUGAUCCAGUCUGUUCCUCAAAAUUAAGAAUCCAAAUAAAUUAAAAAUGUCAUAACACUUACUAUGUUGUCCUUUUAGAUUUUAAAUGUACAAAUGUAAGAUAAUGAAUUAAUUCCAGUUUCUAGUUGUCAAACUUAGUUUUUUUGCAUUAGAUAUACACAAAUGUAAGGUGUUUUUGCUGUCAGCAAAAAAACCUUCAAUUUCAAACCCUCUGAGACAACUUUUUAGUAUAUUUAGACAAACCUCUUUGGGUUUUCAGCACAAGUGCUUCAGUUUAACUUCUUAGUGCAGUCAAGAGCUGCCAGAGCUACUCUUUUGAUUGUUUUGGCUCUAAACCAACAAACUAAAUUCCAUUAGGCACUAUAAUAAUUAUAUUUCAAUCAGUAACUUCAUUGAUUAGACUCCCAUGUACAGUAUAGGAUUUCUAUAAUUCAAUCAGUUUUUAUUAUGCCUCAUGGUUCUGCUUUUACUGAAAGAAAAUGAUAGGUGAAUGGCAUCAGUUUUUGUAUCACUAAUCCAUUGUUAGAUAUAUUGUAUAUAUAAGAAGACAAGUACCUGAAGAUGUGAGUACCUGUCCUGUUGCAUAAUGGUUAAACAAUAGUUCAAAAUAGGAAAGUAUCAUUGGUUGGCUUCAAAAUUAGAAGCUUUAAAAUCUAAAGUUGUAGUAUAUUUAUGCAAAUAUACUUUACUUGUUAAUUUUGCAGCUAGGCAGGUUUGUGUCUGCCAACAUAGUUGCUUAUUUUCACUAUUGUUGUUUUAAUAUGCUGUCUGCAGGAUAGUUCUUAAAAUUAACACAUUGCCUUAAAUGUUUUCUCUCUAUGUGCUCGUUGAAAAUUGCACAUAGUGCUUUUCUAAUUGUACUCCAUCAGUACACCAAGCAUUUGUAAAUUAGAUGGAAAUCCAUACCGAUCUCAGGAUAUCUAGAUUUUGAUGUAUAAAAAGAUAUUGAACUCACUUAUUAUAUUUUUUGUAAACUGACUGCAUUGAUUUUUAUAUACUGUAUAUAUUCAUUAACCAUUUUUCCUUCAAGAACAUAACUUGUUAAGGAUAUUUUCGCUGCCUAUAACUGAUGUGGGCUUUUUUGCAUAUAGUCUCUGUGUGUGCCUGCUAUGUGUGUAUAAAUGCAUGUACUGUAUACAUAAGAGAUGCGCAGAUACUAAUACCUAUGAGCAACUGCAAAUUGCCCAGUGACUGACCAUGCCAAGUUGUCAUUUCUAGGACUGUCCUCCAGAAAAGACAAUUCCAUGCUAGAAAUCUUUUUUACUUAGAAUUGAAAUACCAUCUUGAAAAUUAUUCCUCCCACAGUCCAAAUGCACAGGGUAGUGGAUUCCCAGGUUGGUACAUAUUUGCAAUUACCCAUAAUUGAAAGUCAUGGUUUUACCCACAACAUAUUUAGUGUAUGUAUAUAUGUACUGUAUGAAUACAUAUUUGUCAGUUUAAAAUGAUUAUAGCAGCACUGUUCCGUUUGUAACACCGUAGAGUGUGUGAAGUCAAUUAAGCUUGUGCAACACUUAAAAAUGUUUUAAUUUUUGCAUUGCAGUAGAUGCGCAUAUUUUUCAGAUGAACAUAUUUUUGUAACUCCUCAGUAAAAGUCCUAGAGCAUUACUGCUUUUAAUAUAUAUAUAUAUAUAUAUAUAUAUAUAUAUAUAUAUAUAUAUUCAUACAGUGUAUCAACAGUUUCUCUUUGAAAACUCCCAAACUAGCAGCCAUGUGCUUAGAUAAUUUUAACUUUGUUAAAAAUAACAUUUGUAAUUUAAUGUUAAAUCUCUUGACACGUGGAUUUUAAUUACAUAUUUUCUGGUUUGUAAAGCAUCUAUGUAGCAGACUUUGAGUCAGUUACUAUAUUGAUUAUGGUUUAAACUAAUACUGUGUACUUUUUUAGAAAUCAUUUAUUUUUUUAGUCUACCUAUUAAAGACUGGAAUACUAACAAUGUAUUGCAAAGCACCAGAUGGUAAUAAAAUAAACAUUAUAUGGCCA